AUGUCUGCUCCUGACCAAUCCUCAAACGCCCGACCCCUGUUCCUAGCCCGCUUUAGACAGUGUGGCUUCACCUGUCGCCAUACUGAACAUUGGGGGUUAUUCCUUGCGAAGUCUUGGGAUCAAUGCGCGGAGGGUACCCUUUUCCAUGUGGUGUAUUCCGGAAAUCCUACUGUCUCUGCGAGUGUCCAUGCUGUCACUGGCUCGUAUAGCCAUGGCUAUUUCAACGUUCCAAAGUUCCAUCCGAACACCAGCGGCCAACUCACCGGUCUCAGCUCCAUUAUCACUGCGGCACAGGGUGGUAUUUCAGCUUCCACUCUUCACCAAGUAUCCCAGGCCAUCGAUGCGCAAUUCCCUUACAAUAUUGCCAACAAUAACUGUCAAAAUUUUGUCAUCCGCGUCCUACAGGAGCUCCAUAAACAGGGUAAAGUCACCACAGAGGCCCUGAGCAGUGUGGCCGGCCGUGUUGGAGGAACUGUAUUCACCCCUUCUGCAGGCAACUGGGCAACUGCAUAA